CUGCAUAUAGGAAGGAUGAAACUAUCAAUUAGUUGUUAAAAAUUCCACAGGAGAAGACUGACAAAAAGUAAAAAUAAUUCAUAUGCACGAUGAUGUUUCUCAGGUUCAAAAUUUAAUGUAUUAAUAAGCGAAAUCCAUAAUGCUUAUUUUUCGGGAUUUGUUGCUACAGCUGCCAUAUAAAAUCUUUUAACACUUGUACAACCUGCUAUACAACAGUCAUUUUUACUAAUUUUAAUAACACUAUACAAAAUAUUAAUGGAGUUUUCUUUUAGGGGUUAACUCGAUAUAUUAACCCGACACCCUUCAUAGGUAGAACUUUUAAUGACAAACCAGAUGCCAUUUCUCAAAAGAUCACAUAUAUCCGGAUUCUUAUUUGAGGAGCCCUAUUCCGGAGAAUGACGAUUCAAGUCGAAAUUUCGACCCUAUGUUAAGUCUUUAAUUCUAUAACACAAUAGGAGAGCAAAAUAUACUUAAUACUUCAAUUUCAAUAUAACACAACUUACUUGAUUUAAUUUACUUUGACCGUAAUGAUGUCUUGAAUUUCUGAAUUUCGUGAAUAAAUGUCAAUAUUAUCAAAGCAGGUUUUCAUUAAUUUAUAGUCCAUCUAAGUAGGCGCAGGUUACUAUUAAGAGCGUUAAAGUGACAGCCAAAUUUCGACUCCGGGAGCGACGAGUCCCGCUGAAUGUCCUGAGAUGUUCUUCUUUAAAUGAAACUCGACGCGAAGAAAGAAUCCCUGAGAAGUAGUCACGAGACUAUUCGUUUUGUCGUGCACGUAUAUCCUGGGUUUAACAUUGUAAGCGGAAACUUCGGCUUUGAAGAGAAGGGGGACUCCUAAUACAUUGCCGACCUCGGGUAAUCCCCCGCCUCACGGAUCGUCGAUCGGGCGCCAGCCUGAUUUCAACGAAAAUACCCGAUCGGCUUCCCUUUUCAGAUCUCAAGGUAUCAACGUCCUAAAUAAUACCGAAUCAGACGAGAGUCCCGCCGUGAAAGUGUGUUAUCGCAGCCCGUAAAAGAGAACGAGGUCCGAUGCUCAAGGCCCGAUUCACAAGGCGGCGAGCGAUGCGCUAAGGACGGAAGAAAGUAACGAAGGACGAGGGGAGAGGACGUUGGCGCGUGCUCGGCGCGAUGUGUCCUUCGAAAGACACGUCCGAUUCGGCCGCGUCGCUACGUGGCACAUCGAACUACCGCGAAAUCGAAGGCGAAUGCAUUAUCUCAUCAGCGGUACCGGCGCGUUCCAAUUCCUGCUUAGCAGCCCUGCUUAUGCCGCUAUGACGAGAAAGAGAGAGAGAGAGCUUUCACGACACGACACGACACACCGGCACGACACGGAUACACACGCGAGCGGCAGGCGAGUUAGAAAGAAAGGAAGCGAACGGCCGACCGACCGGCUGACCAACCACGGAUACGCCUCUUCGGGGUGGUUGCCUACCAUAAGUCGUGCAGGUCAUGCACGACGGGUCAGAGGAGAGAGAGAAGUCAGUCAUACCGACGCCGUGCUACCAUUCGCGUCAGUGAUUGGUCGAGGCUGCUCCGUCCGUCCGUCCCGAGGAUACCCAAAGCCGAUCUCGCUCUCGUGCUUAACACGUACACGUGCAAACGUACGCGCGCUAACCUGACGAAGGGCCGAGGGAGCUUUCGCGGGAGAGAGCUCGUGAAUGGUGCGCUCUUAUUAUCUCCGGACAGGCUUCCGCGUCACGUGACGACGACGACGACGGGUGGGUAGAGAGAGAGAGAGAGAGAGAAAUAGCGAGAGGAAGAUAGAGUGGCUGGUUGGGAUGAAAGAGAGAGAGAGAGAGAGAGAGGCUGUGUGUGAGGAAACGCGUGAGAUGAAUGAGUGGUUGGUACGGCUGUUUCACGUGUCCUCCUUUCUGACAAUGUGGUGUCUUCAGGUAACAUGAGCGAAGAAUUCACGCGAAGCGAGAGGGAGAGAGAGAAGCUUCAUUUCGCUGGAUAUCGUGCGCGAGAGUGAUCAGUUAAUAAAGUAACGGCCGGUUGAAAAUAUUUCGCGGUGCUUACCGUAUCGUUCUCGAGUGCACAGGCGAGGAAGCACGUGAGCUGGCCGGGCGGAAUUUACUUUUACCGCGCGGAAAUUCGUUCGCUUCAUUGAGCGGGUAAUAGCACUCGAAGAGAGAGAGAGAGAGAGAGAGAGAGUGCCUAACAUUCGAGAGGUUCUCCCGCCGAUCGAUUCGCCGUUGAAUUUUCAGUCGGGCCAGAGAGAGAGUCGGGUUACAUCAAAGACUCUCUUUGUGGAGAGCUCGCCCUCGUCUCUCUCUCUCUCUUUCUUUCUCUAUCUCUCUCCGUCGCGGCACUUGGCCGAGAGUAUUUUUUCCGCUCUCAUCUCUCUUGUACCUCGAAUAAGGAGAGCGGAGAGAGGAGGCGGGGGUGACUCUUAAUUCGCAGCAGACCAUAAACAAGCCCUGAAGAACGUCUCCGCGGGGUCAGCAAGAACUCGCAGAACUUAACGAAAUCGAGUCGUCCUAGUUGCGCGCGAGUUGCCGAGAACAGUGUUAUCCCUUCGGAGCGCUACCUUCUUCUCCCCCCCCUCCCCUCCCCCCGCGACCCGUAACGAUCGAAGGUUGAUUGGCGAGCUCUACUUACGCAGCACGUUUAACACGGGUGACUUUGUACCACUGACGACUACUUUAUGUGGAUCUACUUUUCCGUUUCUUUCGAACGGUAAUAUAGUGUAGAGCUUUGCUGUUUUUAUCGCUUUAAUUCAGAACGUCGCGUACGGCCGCAGCUCGCGCGUAUUCAUCUCUCUCUCUCUCUCUCUCUCUCUCUCUUUGUCCCUGUCUCUCGCGUUUCUCCCCGGAAUCUUUGCCGAAGGCGGUCGACCUUCGUAAAAUCGUUUUCCCGGGAAUCCUUUUAAUUUUUAACCGCGUAUUGAUGAAAAUUAAUAACGUCCAUGUGUUGGUAAUGAUGACAAACGAUCGGGACGUUCGGAGGUAUUCGCGAAUAUGUCCGUCCGUAAUUUCGCCCCCUCACACACGUGAAAUUGACAUUUAUUACUUAGUUAAGUAAAGUUACGGGAAACUAGUUUUUCUUCUUUCAACAAACGGUAAAUUCGUGCCCCUUAAUAUCGCCCGCUGAAAAUCCGACACCACAGGCGAACUCAUCGGGCGAAAUCUAACGGCCGAUACAAGCAUCGUGUCUUCCCUCUUUUCGUAGUUGAUUAGAUCUACUUUGCAAAUUGCCGACACAUUUUCGCGCAAUUCGUAUCUGUGUCACCGGUCAUCACCGUGUUCCUUCCAGCUUCAUGCCGAGAUGUUAGUCGGUUCGCAUUAGGGCGGUUCUCCUCGCAGAAUUCUAUUAUUAGAUUACAGCUAACUUCCAUCGAUUGUUUAACAUUUUUUCAUGCCACUGCAUCUUUAAUAGAUCCUUAGCUUCGGAUUAACCUCAUUUGGUUGCCUUUGAACCCAAAGGUCUAUUAAAGUCAUUUUUUCAUCGUUGAAUCGUCGGCCACACGUAAUAUCCAUGCCGAAGGACUAUCUCUCUCUCUCUCUCUCUCUCUCGCUAAUCGUUAAAAAUGGCGCGCCCGCGAAAUUACGGAAUUACGGGUUCUCCUCGCAACAACUUCGUUUUAUCCCUGAACGCCUUUCGUGCGAGACGGCGCGCGACUGCACGGAACCGUCGCGUCCGUCUUCAAAUCGGGGUUAGCAUGCCAGGUGAGCCUCGUUUUCUGGUAUUGACCAGGUAGUUGUGGCGCCUUGCGGUGCCCUGUAGCACUGCCAUCUUCCAACUGUUGGCGGAAGCAUGUUGGUGAUCACAUUUUUUCCCCCCCUCUCUCUUCGCACUGGAACAGAAGGUGAAAACGCGAUACAUCUCCUACUCUAUACGUUAUUAAGCUUGGAAAAGUAUCAUCCUGUAUGGGGGGGUUAGCAGGCGGGAAGUCGUCGGAAUGUCUGGCCGGUGAGCGGCUUUGGCGAAAAAGCGGGAAAAACGGAAGACGCGACCUUCCGACGGCCGGGAGAUUGAAUGGCGAACGCGCGAGGGUCUGGCGCGAUCGCGGUGAGUCGCGUCGCAUUCAUCUCUUCCGUGUGACCAAAUACAGCGGUUAGAGGGAAACUCGGGCGGAGUGGAUUGGCCGAUCGCCAACCCGAUCAACGGACUGCAUUCCCUAGCCACGUGCUGCGCUCGCGUGGAGAGCAGCCGUCUCGCCAACUACAGGCUAUUUCGUUUUACUACCGGAGGCCUCCUCAUACUCGACUCAUCUCGCCAACUGAACGUUUUUCAUCAUUGCCCUUCUCCCCUCCCCUCCCCACGUGUAACAAUCGGUCGGCGUUGUGCUGCCACCCAGCGGUCCCCGUCCGGACUCGAACGUUUUGAGGAUGAUGCCAGAGGGUGGACGGUGGCUGAUAGCCGUUAUCAGUCGGCAUCUCCGCGCGAUCGCGAUAGACGAUUGAUUCACGCAUCGUCUCUUCUCUCUCUCUCUCUCCCUCAGUCGGAAACAUUCCGUAAUACGUCCUGCGGAAACUUCCCGAGAGCUUGUUGUUCGGCCGUUCGUUGCUCCGACAAAACUCGAGCGCAUCGAUCAGGCCGCUCGGAGUUGCUCCUCUUCACUUUAGGUCUUACAAAAUCCCACCCUUUGCAGUUCCCGCUGAGACGUUGGGACGAGUAAAACGUAGCGGGGUUGUUUUCUAUUUAUUUCUUUCCUUUUUCUUACCUGAGCAGUUACCUUCGACUUAGGUCCGCGUUUAGAACGAAACGCGAGUAAUCUCCAAUUUGAGAACUCGGAGAACGUGACGACAGUUACGCGUGUAGGCUCGUCGUUGAUUAUAUAUUGCCCUGAGUGAGUAUGAGAGGGAGGAAGAGAAUGGGUGUGUGUGUGUGUGAGAGAGAGAGGGGGUGAGAAUGAGAGGAAAAAUAGGGGACGAAUCGAGCGGUGCGUGCUGGAUUAAGUGUUAUCAUUCCGAUCGGUGUGUCGGUCUGCUCACCUCCCCCCGACUAAUCCGGGUUAUCCUACUGCCCCUGUUCCACUCUCCUCCACCGUCUCUCACCCCCCGUCUCUCACCCUGACCAGCCCGUCGCGCUUGUCGCGCUCCGCUGGCGUCUCGUGGUCUGCGGUGCUGCCACCAAUCGUUUUCUUCGAAAAUCAGAAACAUGGCGCGCGGGCGCGAAGCGGGGUGGGUUGCGGUGGCAAGUUGGAACCGGGGACAACAACGUGUUCGCGUUUAACGGAUCGCCGCCGUCCGUGAACGGACUUCCUGGGCUCGUCGACGAACGACUAACCCGCUGAACUUGUUUACCAAGGAUCAGGUGAGCUCGCGAUCGCGAAGUCGGUCAGUCAGUCGGGAUACCUCCCCUUGCGUUUCGAUCGAGCAGCAGAACUGGCGCGUGUGUCUCGUCAUCCUCCGGUCGGCCGAUCCAACGGUCCCCGUUUACGCCCGGUGCGCUGGGAGUCGUCGUCGCCACCACCCUUUCCCAAUUCCGCGCAUCGUUACACCUAAUAUCUGAUCGCGCGUGCCGCGGUGCUGCCAUCGCGCGGCGGAAGUAAGGGCAGAUCAACACGGUGGGGGGUUGGGGAGGGCCGUCGCAUCACGUCGCGGGUGAGUCGGCGUGAUCGUGUCGACGGAAGUAGGAUCUCGCGGCGCGUCCCAGCAUCUCUCGACACCGUCGUCGUCGUCGUCGCACGUUGUCGUCCACCUCCCUUCCCUUCGCGGUCUCCCGCGUUCCUUCUCCUCGCCCCCCUCUCCCUCCUUGUGGGUGCGCGUCUCUCAAGCCCUCCCGGAGCGAUCGGAUGAGUGCGAGUCGGAGUGAAAGGGACGGACGGAUCGGUGUGCAUGAAGCUGGGCAAGCCGGCGUGCCGGGUUCCACCCCGGCUGCGCGGCGCGUCCAUGCUGGGCCCUUCGUCAGAAUCGGCGCGUUCGCAGAGCCGCUCGGUGAGGCAGCAGCAGCGGGCCAGUGAGAUCGCGACGAGGAGAGCGGCGGGAGCGAUCGGUCGGCCGAACCGCCGAGGGACAGGGUGCGCGGGGUCAUCGGCAGCCACGGAGGUCGGAGAGGUGGAGUCAUCGGCCGGCGAGAUCAUCGCGGGUUUGAAUGGGUGGGCCGGGCGCCGGUAGGGUUACCAGGCACGAGCUGAACGCGGUGCCCCAGAGCCACGUCGGUCACGGGGAACGUGUUCUCGUCGAGCAGCCAGCAUCAGCAGGCUGCCGCUGUCACGCACCGGGACGAGCAUCCGGCAGUGCCGACCGACCGUCCGCCCAGCAGUUGCCACCGUCGCCGCCGCCGCUCACCUCCCUGCACAUCGGCAACACCAACGACGGCGGCACCGUCUGCGCCGUUCUCACCGGCAACACCACCACCAACGUCAACGAUAACAACAACAACACCGACGGCAAGGUUAAAAAGGCGGUCGCCAUGUCCUCGCCGCCGAAACAUCGCCGGGGCUUCGACCCCAACGACCCGGCCGAGUAUCACCGCUAUCGUCGCGUUAAGACGAAGCAGCGAGGCUUUGUAUAUCCCACAUCGUGUGACCUUCGGCGCCGGACACAGACCUCCCCGAGAUCCCCCGACAUAUCCACCAGCACAAGGCAUUAUAAAACACACACAAGCUUGCGAUGUUCGAUGUUGGAUCGCUUACUGGUUGUAUCCCCACCGCUGCAAUGCGACGAAAGUACGAGUCACGUGAUAAUAAAAAAGAUUGUUCAUCAUUUGUCCCGAAUAUAUAAGGAUAUGCAAAUAUAUCAAUCUAGCGUUUCCUUCCCGAAGCACCUUGCGGCAUCAGCAUGACAGUGUUAAAAUUAAGGUAUAUGGACCGAUAGAUCCAACGUGGUGUGGGAUCUCUGUGGUGCGAAUAUAUCGUAUAUAUAAAAUGGUCGGACCAAGUUAUGUACAAUAUAAAUAUAGUGUGACUCUCUCACACACACACACACAAUACAUACAUACCUACAUACAUAUAUAUAUGAACAGAAAAAGUAACAGAGUUCGCAUAUAAAAUAUAAGAAUAUACGUAACGUACGAAACACAAUAAGAUUGUCUAACGAAAUUAUAGGGAUAGCUGAUUUAUAUCAUGUCCCUUCGUCCACAUCCUUGGCCGAUCUGGAAGAAGGAGAGAUAAAUCAGGUGUACCCUGCACGGAUAAAGAAUCAAGAAUGAAAUUAUCCCAAGCGGUCAAAAUUCUGUGUAAAAUCACUGCCCGUGUCUUAAUCGAAGCUUGGAAUGCGCUGCCACGCCGUGGAAUGGAGAGGCUUGCACUUGGGCGAAAAAGCAAAGAGUCCAAAAAGCUUUCAUUACAUUGCCGGGCUACUAUCUCGAUGUCACGGCGCGUGACCCUGCGUUUUUCGCUGCGAACAGCUCCGUGGAAUGCUUUGUUGUUGGUGUGUCGACUCCGAGAAAGAUUUUGGCUUCUGCUUGGAAGAUGUACGAGGAAGCACAUGGAAAAAAAAAUGGAAUGAGCGCCUUCACCAACUCCCACCGCUCUGUCUUUAUUGUUUUUCUUUCUUUUUCCUUCACAUUGCUCGUGUCGCGAAAGCAUCCCGCCUCCCUUUAGCGAGUUUUGUGUGCCGGAUCGCUCGCCAGCGUGCUCGAGACGCCGACGAUUCGUUCGUUUAUUAAUCGAAGGGCCGAAGCAUGUCGAGGAGUAACGCGACGUAUUCCUGCAAUCAUAUUCCGACGUUGCGAAUUAGAGUCGGAAUGUCCAUGGAAACGACAAGCACCCUAAUUUCUUCUUCGGUCUCGUCCCUUCGAUUAGUACGAUUUUGUCGGCUCGAAGGAGUCAGAAGAGGAAUAGCGCGUUGUUCUUCCCGAAGAUGCAUUCGCAUACCGUUUUGUGCACUGCGAGGAACGCGCAUGCAUGCGAUCCUGCCGGCGGUUUGCACGUGAGUUGUGACAGGAUGUUAUAAUAUAUAUUAAUACGAAGAUUGUUUAUAAGUUAUUUCAUUUGCGUGAACUCACGGAGAUUACGUACGUUUUGUGAUCUCAGGAUAAUUAUACCGCUCUCGUUAACGUUGACGAGAUGUUAACGAAUACUAUGAUAAGACCGUUAGGAGGACGUGCAAGGCAGUACGAAGGUCUUGAUUACCACGACGAUCCAUUUGUCGACCUUCAAAUCAACCUGUCAAUUCGCAAGAAAGUUCGUCGAUUGACGAAGCUUGCUGCGCACAAACAUACGCGGCUUCAAUAUAUAUUACUGCGCACAGUUUAUUAAUUCAUUCAUUGGCUAAUAAAGUAUAUCUCUAUAUGAGAGAGAAUGAAAGAUAGAUAGAUAGAUAAAAGGGGCAAGGGAGAGAGAGAGAAAGAGAGAGCGAAUCCUUUUGCAAAAAAAAAAAAAUAGUCGAAUUGCGCGAUCGAUGAAGCAUUCUUAACCGGCUAGACUUAGAUAAUUAGAAGUUCACACUGAUCGAUACAUGUAAUGAAGGAUUCUUAUUAGACAAAAUAUUCUUGAGCUUCGCCUGCGUUACGCUGACUUACACCGGCAUGGUUAAAAGCUGAAGGAGGAGCUUUUUAUCCUCUGAAAAGUUUACGUAGUUAUAUCAAACCGUUUCUCGUUUCCCCUUUUAAAUA